GUUUCCGCUAACGAUUAAUCGAAAACUCGCUCACUUCCGGUUGAACGCGCCGCACCAGCCUCUUUCCUGUUCCGAAUCUUUCUCGAGAUUUCUGUUGAACAUUAUCCAUAAACCAUGGAAAACGAAGCCGGAGAAUUCGUCGAUCUUUACUGGCCGCGUAAAUGCUCGUCGAGCAAUCGCAUUAUCCAUGCCAAGGAUCAUGCAUCAAUUCAGUUGACUCUUGCCGAUGUUGACCCAGCCACCGGAAGAAUGACAGACACCCACAAAAUGUAUGCCAUUUGCGGUGCUAUUCGUCGCAUGGGUGAAUCCGACGACUGCAUUGUGCGUCUUGGCAAGAAAGACAAUAUUCUGGCAAAGAAUUAUUAAUUUUUAUCUUGUAAAAUAUUACAAUAAAAUUUCCAUAAGGAAAAAUAA